AUGGCGGUCGCGGACGACCCCGAAGCGGGUGAAAACGAUAAACCCAUCGUCCCGCUCGAUGAGGACGACAUCGCGCUGUUGAAGACGUACGGCUUGGGCGCGUACAACGAUUCGAUCAAGGAUCUGGAGAACGAUCUGAAGACGAUCGCGAAACGGGUGAACGAUCUGUGUGGGAUCAAGGAGAGCGACACUGGGUUGGCGCCACCGUCGCAGUGGGAUCUCACGGCGGAUAAGCAGGCGUUUCAGGAGCAGCAACCGCUGCAGGUGGCGAGGUGCACGAAGAUCAUAAACCCGGGGACGGAUGACGCGCAGUACGUGAUCAACGUGAAACAAAUCGCGAAGUUUGUGGUGGGGUUAGGGAACGAGGUGGCGCCGACGGACAUCGAGGAGGGCAUGCGGGUUGGGGUGGAUCGGAAUAAGUACUUCAUACAGCUUCCGCUGCCACCAAAGAUUGACCCGAGCGUGACGAUGAUGACGGUAGAGGAAAAACCGGACGUGACGUACGGCGACGUCGGAGGGUCCAAGGAGCAAAUCGAGAAGCUCAGAGAGGUGGUGGAGUUGCCGUUGUUGCAUCCGGAGAAGUUCGUCAAGCUCGGGAUCGAUCCGCCGAAGGGGGUGUUGUGUUACGGGCCGCCAGGGACGGGGAAGACGUUGCUCGCGCGCGCGGUGGCGAACCGAACCGACGCGUGCUUUAUUCGCGUCAUCGGUAGUGAGUUAGUGCAAAAGUAUAUGGCGAGGAGCAAAAAGGCGUGUUUGAUUUUUUUCGACGAAGUGGACGCCAUCGGUGGCGCCCGCUUCGACGACGGGCAAGGUGGGGACAACGAAGUGCAGCGUACGAUGCUUGAGAUCGUGAACCAACUCGAUGGUUUCGAUGCGCGAGGGAAUAUCAAGGUGUUGAUGGCGACGAAUAGGCCCGACACGCUCGAUCCCGCGCUCCUGCGUCCGGGCCGACUCGACCGUAAAGUCGAGUUCGGUCUCCCUGACCUCGAGUCUCGCACGCAAAUUUUUAAGAUCCACACGCGCUCCAUGGCGGUUGAGCGCGACAUUCGCUACGAGCUCUUGGCCCGUCUGUGUCCCAACGCCACCGGCGCGGAGAUCCACUCCGUGUGCACCGAAGCCGGCAUGUUUGCCAUUCGUCAGCGCAGGAAAACCGUCGGCGAGAAGGACUUCCUGGACGCCAUCAACAAGGUGAUCAAGGGAUAUCAAAAAUUCUCCUCCACGGCCAAGUACAUGCAGUACAAUUAG